CGACUUGUGUAGAUCUGCAGUCGAGCCUGCUAAGUGGGAGGAAAGGCCACUGUGGGACAAACUUAGCGAAGUCCAGGAAAAGAGAAAGGGCCACUGCCACUGCUGCGCCCGGAGCGGAAAGGACAGGGGGAGCAGGGAGGGAGAUGAGGCCAGGACUUAAGCACCGACUCUGGCGAGGCCCGUGAGCCGAGGUUGGCCUCCACUCAUAUCUUCUUAGUCGUGAAGACUUCAAAUUACACUUGGAUCUACCUACCACUCUUUUAGAAAACUUCACCACGCAGUAAAUCUCCCACUGUACUCUUGUCGUAGCAGAGCAGCUUUUGAGUUUUCCAAGGCUAAAGAAGAUUUUUUUUUCACUAUCCCAUGAAGCCGUAUUGUUGCUUCUUCACUUUCAUGGUGGUUAUUACUGUGCCUGCUGCUUUUGUUUUGGAAGAUGCGGACUUCACCGGAGUUACCCCCUUGGGAGCAAAUCAGGGCUCUUCCAAAGUGUCAGCAGGUUCCCACUCAGGCAGUGAUGUCAUCAUAGCCAAAGAGGGAGCUAGCGUUUCCCUCGAAUGUCUUCUCACCGUUGCUCACUAUGAAGAUGUCCACUGGAGCAACUCUAAAGGACAAUACCUGGAUGGCAGAGGUGGAAAAUGGUUGGUUUCUGAUAACUUCCUGAAUAUCACCAACGUAGCCUUUGAUGACCGUGGGCUCUAUACAUGCUUUGUCGUGUCUCCGAUUAAUGCCUCCUACUCUGUCACCCUGCGUGUGAUUUUCACCUCGGGAGACAUGAGUGUCUACUAUAUGAUUGUUUGCCUGAUUGCCUUUACAAUCACCCUCAUCUUGAAUGUCACCCGGCUGUGCAUGAUGAGCAGCCAUCUUCGCAAGACGGAGAAGGCCAUCAACGAAUUCUUCAGAACUGAAGGGGCCGAGAAACUUCAGAAGGCCUUUGAGAUUGCAAAGCGCAUCCCCAUCAUCACCUCGGCCAAGACUCUGGAGCUUGCUAAAGUCACUCAGUUUAAGACCAUGGAGUUUGCUCGUUACAUUGAAGAACUAGCAAGAAGCGUCCCUCUUCCGCCCCUUAUUCUAAACUGUCGGGCUUUUGUUGAGGAGAUGUUUGAGGCUGUGCGAGUGAACGACCCUGAUGACAUGGGCGAAAGAAUUAAAGAAAGACCUGCCUUGGAUGCUCAAGGUGGCAUCUAUGUCAUCAACCCAGAGAUGGGGCGGAGUAAUUCACCAGGAGGAGAUUCAGAUGAUGGUUCGCUGAAUGAACAAGGCCAAGAGAUAGCAGUGCAGGUUUCUGUCCACCUUCAGUCAGAGACCAAAAGUAUUGAUACAGAUUCUCAAGACAGCAGUCAUUUCAGCCCGCCUGAUGAUGCGGGAUCUGCGGGAUCUAGCUCUAACUACAAAGAUGGAGUGUGUGAAAACUGCCAGGUGUGAGCUAGCCCAGCCCCUGCAAAAACAGCCCUCAGGAAAGGAACGUGUCUUGUGGAGGAGAUAACAUUUUUACCAAAAGAUGACUGGAGAUUUGCCCUUUGAUGUUAAGCAUAUCAGAACAUGAACUGCCAAAUUCUUUGCAAAAAUUCGGCAGUUUCCCAUUAGUUGUCCUUUUCCUUAAAGUUGAUUAAAUGUUGCAUGUUAAGAUGUAAAGGAGCCUAAGGGAUAAACGUGAUGGGAAAAAUACUGAACUAAGAGUUCUGUGGCUUCUCUUCUGGCCACAGUUCUUCCAUUGGUCACAUGUGAUGCUUAUUUUGAAGCCUCAGUUUUCCCAUCAGUAAGAUAAGAGAUACACAUUUGAUGAAAUCUAAAGUUGUGUCUAAUCCUAUAACUUCCUGCCUGUUACCCUUACACCAUGAAAAUCUGUAGCACAUCUCUAGCUAAACUUUGCCCUAGACAUUUAGUCUCUUCUUUUUGGAAAGGACCAACUGAGAUUUUGUUCUGUGGUCUGGAUUCCUACACCAGUGCCAUAGUACCCAGAAGUGUGGGUAAUUUUCAGAUGUCCUUCCAUGUGGAAUGUACAAUUACAUGUGCUAGAUUGAGGCUUUUCAGCAUAGCAUAUGACUAUGUUGUUACACAGAUAUCAGGGAGCUACUGCUCAUUGGUAAACUGCUUUCCAUGAGUGAAUUGAUCCUUCUUGGGAGACAUCAUUUAGUUCACUGGAGCUGAUAGUCUUUUCCCAGCUGACCUCUAAAAGUAAGCAGUCCGUUCCUAAGGAAUAGUAUCUUCAAGGCUUCUGGAAGAAGUACAAUGUCAAAUUGUCUGUCUCUGGUAGAUUAUGGGUGUUGAUACUUCUGUUAAGAACUUCUCAGGCACUCCCUUUUUAAAAGUAUUGGACUCUACAAGUGGGUCCUGUGUUUGAGAUCUCCUUUUAGGUUACCAAGCACUGCAUAUUCCUCUUUAGACCUUGGCCAACAUCCUUUCACUCUGUGAUCUUAAAUAUGGUGCUAAAAGUUGCAUGUCUCCUUAUCUCACUUGUUUUGAUAUUUUAUUUUUUAUAUUUUUAUUUUUGGGUACUUCAGAUGUGUAGUUUUAAGCAAGGGCUGCUUUUGUGUCCUGAGAAAUUACUACCUGAAAUAAGAUUAGAUGAUUGUGUUUGGUGUAUGACUACAUUAAAAUACACACACACAGAUACUCUAGAUGUAAAAUGGGAGGAAAGUGAUGGAUGAUGCCACCUGGUUUGACUAUGUAUAGUAAACACUUAGGAUGGCAUUUCUUGCCUGGCUAAGAUCUGAUAUAAUGGAAUUGUAAAUACUCUUCAGAAUAAUUCAUUCAGCUACAGGAAGCUUGGUGCCAUAUAAUUUUAAGAACUUGGCAGUGGAACUGCAUUUGAUGCUUCACGUUUCUUCAUUUGGUUUCUGGUUACUGAAGCAUUACUUGAACUAGAGGAUCCUGAGGGAAAUGUUCAGAGGAGGUUUUAUCAGGAUUUUAAUUUAAGGCUUCAACCAGAAGAAGCCAAGAAAUUCAAAAUGACUAGUGGAACUCAUGCCUCCCUUUGUCCAGGCCUAUCAGAAGUAAUUCGUCUGUUCUAGACAGUAUGAAUGAAUCAGUUUGCAGCUUUAUCAGAUGGCUUUAUGGAUAAAGAUGAUAAUACUGCCUUUCCUGCUUCUCAGGCUGUUUCUAUGGAAACCUCCAGGGCCAAACAAAAGCUACCAAUCAUUUAGCCAAAGCUUGCCUUGGCUUAUAGACGUGUAUUUCUUCAAGGAAAAUUGUUUUCAUACAUUUGGCUAUGAGAGCAAGGGCUUUGAACAUAUCCUAGGUUAUAGAACAUUUUUUCUUUUCCUGCAGUGUUUCCUUUGAAAAAUUAAAAAAUUUCAAAUCCCUUGUGAGGGGUCAGAUCAUUUGAAUAUCCCUCAGAUGCUCAGAUGUAUGUCCUCAUGUACAGUAGCAGGUUUAGAAUCAUUUCUUAAAAUGUCACGUGCUGCAUUAAAGAUAGUAGUUUUACCCAGCAUGUUCUCAGAAGAGAUAUUCGUGUUUAGAAACCUUAGGUAGACAGACUUAAAGAUCAAAGUCCUGAGAAACAGAACUUUGGAAAAACAUAGGAAAUAUUGAAAAAAAUGUAUAAGCUUGUACAGUAUGAUAUAAUAAAGUAUAGGCUGGCUACUGCAGUAUAUCCUAGAUCAAUUAUUUUAGAAACAUAAUGGUGACCUAAUUGGUAGCCAGAGUAACUGGUUUAAUUUGAAUCUUCCUGGUUAUGGUGCCAUGAAGUAGAACAAAAUUAAUACGUGUUGCAGGUGAGGUGGCCCACGCCUACAAGCACUCGUACAAUCCCAGUAUUUGAGAGGCUGAGACAGGAAGAUCAAGAGUUCAAGGCCAGCGUAGGCUACCUAGUGAGUGAGACCCUGUCUCAAAACACAAACAAAGAAUUAAUAGGAGUUGGCACUACUUUGUAAAGCUAGUUUUCAAGAGGCAUAAAACCACACAUUAGUAUUUUUUGUAUCUAAUAAAAUACUCUUUAUCUAUAAUUAGCAGUCCCAUCUUUUUUGUAACUUCCUUAACCUUUGGAACUUCAGCUAUAAUCUAAAAGUCUUGACAGUAACUGUGGUAUAAUUAUCUUUUUGUCUCACCAAAUUCUAUUUAGCUAAAAAAAAAAAGCCUUCACCUAACAAAAUGUACUUAAAAUCCUUUUGUCAUCUCAUUUGUAAAUUUUGUAUUGUCAUUUAAUGAACCUUAUUGUCCUUAUGACAUGUAGUGAAAUAAGUUUCCAAAAAGUGACAAGCAUCUUUAUAGAUUCCUUACCUGCUGGAACCAGACAGACAGGUAUCCUCUGAGUGGAUACCCUGCCUGUGUCUACAACUGGUUGGAUAAUCACCUGUCCUCAGAGUCGAGUCUGUUGUGAUGGCUUGAUUCUUGAGUUGGGCCCAGUGAGCAUUUGUACUUCCUGCCCACUACUUUAACACAAAUAUCUUCAAAGUUGCUGACCCAGAGGAUUGUGAGAAGGCUCCCGGCUGCUGCUUUGCCUCGCUGAACAUGUGUUUUGAAGUCAAAGCACUGUCUGCAUGCUGCUUUCUCUUGAGUCCCCCAGCCGCAGUGGGCCCCUUGUUCUAGUCCUCAUACCCUGCAUGUAGCCUCACCCGCUAUCAAACCAUGGUGGGUCCUAGAAUGGCACAGGAGCAUGGCAUGCUUUUGUCAAGCCCGGCUAGGCAUGGGUGCUAGUCUGGUCUCCACACACCAGCAGGUGUAACUCAAGUGUGCUGCAUUUCCUGAGUCACCAGUGAGAGAAUGCAAUCUUUUCUCAUCCAAACAAGAAUGUUAAAAAUGCUCAGCUUUAUACAGAAACUCCUAGGUUCUCAUUAACGUAUUUCACAAAAGUAUAUUGAGUAUUAUUUGAUAUGGGUCACAUGAUGUUUAAGUGGUCAACAUUUUAAUAUUUGAAUUGUAUCCUGUUUUUAGAAAAGUGUCAUCCUUGACUGUAAUUUGUUAAAGGUUCAAUGCAGUAUAUUUCAUUUGUCGGAAAUUUGUUACAGGGUUUCUUUCAUUUUUAUGUGUGAUGCGAUUGGAUGUUAAUGAUUUUUAAACAAGAAUAAAUUUGGAUUCAACUUGGGCUUCCACCAUGGCUAUCCACUUCAACAUUA